AAGAAAGUAUUCCCGCAGGGCCAGGGAUUUACUGGAAUGAAGAGACAGAAUGAGAAGACACCGACAUCGCGAAAUCUUAUUCGAACCAUCUCGCACCUUCAUCAGUCGCACCACCCUUCGACACGUUCGUAUCCGCCAACGGCUAGCGAAUGUAUUACGACCAUUGGACAGUCUUCCCCAAAACUAAAGGCACCUCUACAACAGGAGAUAGAAACCUGUCCGAAUACUCUGGCACUGGGCCGGAAGAAGCGAAUCCAAUUGGCUCUCAUCAAAAGUUAUACCUCCUGUUCACAAGUUCUAGUACCUCUCGGCUGCAUCAGAAUCCCUUCAAAUCCCCCAUCAAACUUCUGGGAGACAUAUCAAUUCGCCUCUGCCCAAUUCAAGUCCCACCCAACGAAGCUUACCAGACGCCUGGUCUGGAUCCUCCCAGCUCUCUAUCGUAGGCCCAGAUACAGACCAGUACCUGUAGACGACGUCAAUAGUCCGUCAUCGCUGAAAGAGAACUCACACUGCGAGUCAAUGGACACGCCCCUCACAUUGGGCGACGGUUCAACAGGACCGCCAAGUCUGAAAGAAGGAGCACGAACGGGAUCCAUCUCAUUCGAACCGUUCGCGCUCCUUAUCGCUCACACGGGCCCUUCUCUACACGAUAUAGAACUCUAG